AAACCCCAUCAAAAAAGGUUAAUUCCUGGGGGUUCCCGCUAUGGCCCAGAGGCUUUAUCAGACUUGUCUCAGUAAGGGUGCCCAGUAGAUCCCGCUGGGCACAAUGGGUUAAGAAUCUGGAGGAGUCGCUGCCCCUGGCGGGCAUAGGUUCGGAGGAACUCCGAAGCUCCCGCUGAGAUUCAUUGGAUCCCUGGCCUGGGAACUUCCAUAUGCUGCAAGUGCAGCUGAAAAAGAAAAAUAAAGUGAAUUCCUGGGUCGUAAGCCUCUAGAUCAAGGAAAAUGUCCUGAGUGUUACUACAAUCUAAUCAUGUAUCUCCCUCUCCUCACUAGUAAAAUUAGUAAAACAUCUCCUGCUCUGUCUACCUCAGAGCUGUUGUGGAUUAAGCUAGGAACAGGGUUUAUGAAAACAUUAUGCAGGGCACAUUGCAUAUUGUUGUUGCUUAUUAUACGCAAAGAAUAAGUCAAAUUCCCAAACCAAAUCCAAAUGAUUUCUUAAUCUUUUGCAGUUUUCUAGACUCUUGUCCUUCAGUUAGUUAAGAGAGCUCCAUGAGUGCGUCUAUAUAAUUGCUAUUCUUUAUCAGUAGCAAUGCACAGAUUACGGACAACCGCGAUUGCGCGACUUUGGGCCCGCUGAGUCAAAACUCUCACACUUAGGUCUACAGGUUAUUUACUCCCAGUUUAGGGCUUUGGAGUCACGUGGCAAGUGAAACCAAACCAAGCCUCUGCCCCCAUUCCGGUAACUCCUCCCGCCCCCGCUUUCCUACAGUUUGUCUUGGGGCUCAUACUCCGCCCUUUGGUCCAGAGGAAUCAAAUCCCCGCCGGACAAAUAAGCGCUUCGGCGGCAUUGGCCUCACUCCCUCGCUGACUGCACAUUCCGACCAGUUACCGGGGAGCCUAUCUCGAGACGAAGCAUGGAUUUCAGAACCCCUGACCUACUGGAUGUGUGGCUGGAGCCCCCAGAAGAUGUCUUCUCAACAGGAUCCUUCCCCGAGCUGGGACUCCACUGUUCACCUCCAGAGGUCCCAGUGACUAGGCUACAAGAACAGGAGCUCCAAGGCUGGGAGUCCAGUGGGGGCCGUGGCUGUGGUCUUCAAGAGAGUGAGCCUGAAGAUCUCCUGAAGGUUUUCAUUGAUCCCAAUGAAGUGUACUGCUCAGAAGCAUCUCCUGGCAGUGACAGUGGACUCUCCGAGGAUCCUGGUCAUCCAGACAGUCCCCUUGCUCCCAAACCCCCCGGUUCCCCUGCCUUCUAUGAGGUCGUCUAUGAGGCGGGGGCCCUGGAGAAGAUGCAGGGGGAAGCUGGGACAGCUGUAGAACUUAUCUCCAUCCAGCUAGAUCAGUGGAACCCACCGUUUAUGGUGCCUGAUGCCUGCGUGGUCAGUGAGCUGCCUCCUGAUGCUCAUGCCCACAUCCUGCCCGGAGCCGGUGCUGCAAACCCAGUGCCUCCUGUGGCCCUGCUGCCCUGCCAAGCCUUGUUCCUGACAGAUGAGGAGAAACGUCUGCUGGGACAGGAAGGGGUCUCCCUGCCCUCUCACCUGCCCCUCACCAAGGCAGAAGAGAGGGUCCUCAAGAAAGUCAGGAGGAAAAUCCGCAACAAGCAGUCAGCGCAGGACAGCCGGCGGCGAAAGAAAGAGUACAUUGAUGGACUAGAGAGCAGGGUGGCUGCCUGUUCUGCACAGAACCAGGAACUACAGAAGAAAGUUCAGGAGCUGGAGAGGCACAACCUCUCCCUGGUGACUCAGCUCCGCCAGCUGCAGAUGCUUAUUGUUCAAACGUCCAACAAAGCUGCCCAGACGAGCACUUGUGUUCUGAUCCUUCUUUUCUCUUUGGCUCUCAUCAUCCUGCCCAGUUUCAGCCCCUUUCAGGACCUGCCCGAAGCUGGGCCUGAGGACUACCAGCCUCGAGGAGUGAUUUCUAGAAAUAUCCUGACUCACAAGGACACGACAGGAAAUCUGGAGAACCCAGUGGUAGAGUCCAGAUUGGAAGGGCCACGGGGGGUCAAGGGUAGAAAUGGCUCCACAAGGACACUGCUUGAGAAGAUGGGGGGAAGGGCAGGCCCCAGCAGGCACAUCAGAACUGUGCUGCACGCUGAUGAGAUGUGAGCUGUCACACUUCCUGGCCCACUUCCCAAUCAUAACAAGGAAUCCAGGGCUCCAAUAUGCUUCUGCUUCCCCCUAGGAUUCCUGCUCAGGGAUCUUUGGCCUCAGGGGACUGAGUCACAUCAGGAUGUCCUAGAUGUCUGUACUCUGUGGCUCAGUCUGCCUAUGGAGGGGGGGCACCUCAAAUACUUUUGUUGCGUGUCAGUGAUUUUAUUUCUUCUUUGGGGAUGGGGUGAAAGAAAAUAUUUGUUUUGGCUGAGAAAUAAACUUUUUUGCUGCAGUUGUA